AUUCGACUUUCUUCGCAUCUAGUGGGCGACCACAAUAAAUUCAUCCAGAGUGAAAAAAUUCAAAUUUCUGAGCUUACAAAUUUUAUUGUCAAUAGUCUCUGGAAACAAGUAGAAACUGCGUGAAAAUGCCUGAAAAACCAGCAGCGAAGUCACCUCCAAAGACCCUGACCAGCAUCAAGGGGUCCAGGCCAUCCACUUCCUCAUCCAAUUCCACCUCCAAUAAGAGCCGACCGACUGGAACGGGAGUGGUUCGACCCCCAUUGCCCAAUACUCAUGAUAGGAUUUGGAAGAUUAUGAAGAUGUAAAAUCGUGGAACUAAUCCAACUUUUAUUCGGUAUCUAGCUGCAUCAACAUUUAUAAAUCAUGACAUUAUUUUUUAUUAUAAAUGCAUUUGAUUCAACAAAAUCUUGAACUUCAACCGCGCUGAAUAAAGCGAAAAAGUCCCAGAAGGGAAAUAACUCUUAUAA